AUGUAAUCUAAAUAAUCAGAAACUAGAUAGAGCUGGUCCUAUCAAGAAGACAAACUUUUAUUAGAACUUAUUAAACUUCAUGGCUGUACAUCUUGGAAUCAUAUUGCACGUGAACUUCAAUCUUUAGGGAAAAACCCCUUAAAAGUUCGUUCUUCUGCUGCUUGCAGAGAACGAUACUAGAAUAUUCUUAACCCCGAUUUGAAUAAAAGUAAUUGGACUUAGGAAGAGGAAGAAAACUUAUUCAAUCUUUAACUAUCUUGUGGUAAUAGCUGGGCUAGAAUUGCAGCAUAAAUGCCUGGUCGUUCUGAUUUGUUAUGCAAAAAUUAUUUUUAUGCCACUCUGAGGAAAGUCUUACGUAGACUCAGUAAGGCAGUUGGUUUGGAUUAAUCAUCGGAUUUAUUAAAAUAAAUUAAACCUAGUGUCCUUGGAGUAAUUUACAGCAGAGAUAAUUCUUUUAAAAGAUUCAAUAUAGAUGAGAAAAUGAAAACAGAAUUUUAAUAACUUAUCAAGCAAUACAGGUACAAAGAAAAAGAAGAACUCAAAUAGCUCUAAGAAAGCGAUGUCGUCUAUAUAAAAUCUAUGCUGAACCAAUUAUUUGUCAUGAACAAUAAUUACAUGACUCAGAUGAAGAAUUAUUCUUCAAGGAAGAAUUCUUAGUAAGAUGUCUUUGUUGCUGAAAACAACAGCAAAUUAACCAUCCCUAAUAAUGUAACUGUACAAAAUUAAAAAAUUUCUAAACUGGAAUCCAAACUUCUAAACGCAAAAAACCUUAAAUUAGAUUCUUAGUAUGAAUUCGAUCAACCUAAAACUAAUGUGUAGAAUGUCUAAUAAGAGAACUAAUCUAUAUAAGUUUAUUAAAAUCUAAAUCAAAAUCAUUCUGAAUUCAGUUCAAUCAAUCAAUUUUAAGUAAAAAUCAUUAGUAUUCAGGGAUCAUUUUGUGCUCCAUAACCUGUUUUUAUAUUCUGCAUCUAACAAAACCUUAUAAGCUAGCCUAUGUAAUCCAUUUAACCAUAUUACAUACCUUAAUACCUGACUUAUCCUUAACCUCAUCCUAUGAUCAAAUAAGAGUUCUUACAGAUGAUGUGA